CAUGCGCACACACACACAGAGGGAGGUAGAUAACUGUGAUUCCACUGCUGAAUUUUUAACGCUGUUGUGGAACUUUUUUUUUUCCAGCCGGGUUACUGUGGCACCAGGGUACUGUUACACCAUCAGAGACACAGACAUGGUUCAGUUCAGUUCUGUUGUUUACUGAGGCUGGACAGAAACACACUACAGGGACUGUAAGAUGCCGUCGUUGUAGCAACAUGACCCUCAACACGCAGAGAGAGAAGGAGCCUCUGCGGAGGCGAGGCAGCACCCCCCUCCCGCCCCUCUGCCACCGCCCGUCCUGGACCCGGGACCCCCGGCUGUCCGGCGGCGCCCAGCCGGACCAGGAGCAGCCCCGAGCCCAGCGCAGCCACCCCCCUCUGGGCCAGUCUGCGUCCUACCACCCCGGGGACAAGUCCCUCCACUACCGCGCCCACUGGAGCUCGGACUCGGACGACGACUCGCAGAGCGACUCGGACUGUGUGUACAGAGUGGUGUUGCUGGGCGACCAAGGCGUCGGGAAGACGAGCCUGGCAGGAAUCUUCGGCGGGAUCACGGAGAAAGACGAACAACCCGCCGAGGACUCGUAUGAACGGACCCUGACGGUAGAUGGAGAGGAAACCACUCUCAUCGUCAUGGAUACCUGGGAGAACGACAAAGCGGAGGGGGACGCCAGCUCCGCCCGUGACGACUGUCUGAAGGUGGGGAGCGCCUACGUCAUCGUCUACUCCGUCACAGACCGCUCCAGCUUCGACUCUGCUGCGGAGCUCCGCAUCACACUGCGACGCAUCCGCCAGGCUGAGAACCUUCCCAUCAUCCUCGUGGGCAACAAGAGCGACUUGGUUCGGUCUAGAGAAGUCGCUGUGGAAGAGGGCCGAGCGUGCGCGGUGGUGUUCGACUGCAAGUUCAUCGAAACGUCGGCGUCCCUGCAGCAUAACGUGACGGAGCUGUUCGAGGGCGUCAUACGCCAGAUACGGCUCCGUCGAGACGGCAGCGAGGCCAUCCAGCGAAGGCGCUCCGUCUACAAGCGUAAGGAGAGCAUCACUCAGAAGGCGCGGCGCUUCCUGGACCGCUUGGUGGCCCGCAACAACCAGCGGAUGGCGGUCAAAGUACGGUCCAAGAGCUGCCACGACCUGGCCGUCCUCUGAGGACCGGCAUCAGCCAGGAGGGCAGCGAGGUCCUCCGGUCUCAUCUGCAGCGAGUCCUGAUCUCAGUGAGCUAAAACCUGUUGGACAAAAGCGAUCAGCAACGAGCCGAGCCAAUGGACCGUUACAUCCUCACUGUGAUUUUUCAGCUUGACAUUUUGGAGUCGAAACUUUUAUAACUUUUCUAUCAGGUGACCU